AGAUAGAUUGUGGUGAAGCCCACCGGUUAAGACAAGAACACAAUGAGCGCUGGAUCGGCCGAGGAGGGCUCUGCGCCAAAGACGUCCGGUACCGACAACAGUGGCUUCGCGCCCCCUAGCGACGACACAGAACUGCACACUGCUGUCAACUCUGGGGACGUAGAUCAUGUCAGGACGCUGUUGAAUGAGCCGGGAGUGGAUGUGAACGCACGUGGAGAUGGGAACUCCACACCCUUACACCUGGCAGUUAUCAACAACGACAUCUCCGUAGUCAAACUUCUGUUGGAGAGGGAUGCGGACAUCUACGCGGAAGAUGCAGAUCACGUGUCCCCCUGGCGGCUGGCACAGGCAGCGCAGUGCUCUCUGCAAAUCCUACAAGUGAUCCUGAAGGCCGCAGCCGACCUUCAGGGUGACGUUGUCGAUUCCAACCAGGGGGCGACAUCGCCCAGUAAGGCAGUCCCAGCGGCAGACUGCGGCUGGGCGCUGAUGGAGGUGGCUAAGAGCGGCGGCAGCCAGGCGGCGGAGAAGCUCAGAAGUCUCCUGUCAAUCAGCGGUGACGUCAGCAUGACUCAGUGGGAUUCCCGGGGUAGGACGAUACUGCACCACGCGGUGGCCAAUCAGGAGGCGCUACAGUUUCUACUGGAGAGCGGGCGAACAACAGACCUACUUGAGGCAGCAGACGAAGAUGGCUGCACCGCUCUCCAUCUUGCCGCUGAAGGAGGCUAUACCGAAAGUGUUUCGAGCCUCCUGAUGGCCGGAGCCAAUCGCGAGGCUGCUGACAAGGAUGGACAAACAGCGCUGCACAAGACAGCUGGGAGGGGACAUUACAACGUUGUGGAAACCAUUCUAUCGUCUGGAAACAUGGCGGACGGUGACGCCGGAUUGGUGGACGAGAUCCGGGACACCGAUGACGUCACAAGGCGUCUCGUCAACUCCCUGGAUAGGCAGGGUAGGAAACCCCUCCACAUGGCAGCGGAGAAGGGCCAGGAGAAAAUUGUCCGGCUCUUGCUGGAGAAGAACACCUCUAUCAAUAAGACCAGAGACGGCCGAAGCCCGCUGCACCUGGCGGCAGAAAGUGGCAGUGCAGAGACCGUCGAAACUCUGAUUUUCGCUCACAGGCACUCCCUGGCCUGGACAGACAAGCAAGGCGACACGCCCCUACAUGCGGCUGCCAGGAGGAACCACGCCCAUCUCAUCCCCCUCCUCCUUAAAGAAAAGGAAGGUCUGGCCAGUAAGGAGAACAGGCAGGGGCUGAACGCCUUGGACGUCGCCAUCGACGAACGGGCAAAGGACGCGGCGGCGGCGAUGGGGAAGCACGAACUGUGGGACACGUUCCUGACUUACCCGCAAACGAAACGAGGAAAAGACCAGAAGCCUCAGAUGUACCGGAUGAUCAAAGACAUGCCUGAAGCAGCGAUGGCCUUCAUUGAUCGUAUGGUGGUCGAACAUAAGGAGGAUUCUGAAGACAAUAGUGACGGAGGAAGGGUUUGGAAGUAUGACUUUAUGUACCUGUAUACACGAGACCCGCGGGAUUCUCCAUUAGAGGCAAUGAUCUGGUACAAACGAUGGCAGUGUCUGGAGCACCAUGUGGUGGUGAAGUUUCUCAAGUGUAACUGGCAAAGGUUCGGAGUCUACACCUUCAUGGCCUAUCUACUAGUGUAUGUAAUCUUCAUGGCGAUUCUCACCGCUACUGUGGCCAUUGAUGCCUCGGACACGACGUACUUCGAGACUCAUCCUUCGCUGACGGUCUCUUUCGACGGAACGUGUCAUAUCGUUUGUUUCAACACGAUUGCUGUUUUCCUGAUGAGUAUGGGCUACAUGGUCAAGGAAGUCUACCAGAUCUACCAAAAGAGACUUCACUACCUCGGCUGGAGGAACCUGCUCCAGUGGGUGCUGUAUUUGAGCGCCUUCCUGUACAGCCUCCCCGUCUCCACUCCGCUGGACAGCUGGAAGACUGAGGCGGCAACAGUCGCCACCAUGUUCGGCUGGCUCAACUUUGCCAUGUAUCUGCAAAGGGUGCCGGUGUUUGAGACUGAUGUCUACAUCUACAUCUUGCUGAUUGGGAGGAUCUUUAAGUCCCUGAGGAGGGUGAUUCUGGUGUUCCUUCUCUACACACUGGCCUUCACCACGUGUUUCUACUACAUCGCAUCGAAGGCUGACUUGCCAGACUCAACAGACUUUUCUGGAUUCCACUCCUUCUCGUCUUCGUUCUUCACCACCCUGGGGAUGGUGAUGGGGGAACUCAACAUCCAGUUCUUCCUGGACAGGCAGAAGCACUCUGGUGUCACCCUGGUCCUCCUGGUCUUCUUCAUCUUCCUCAUGAACAUCGUCAUCAUCAAUCUCUUGAUCGCCUUGACCUUGGACGCUGUAGACAUCCGUGACGUCAGAGCUAAAGCUGCGUUCAACCGGAGAAUCCACCAGGCAGAACACAUGUUGGACAAGGCGUCCGGUUUCUGGUCAGCCUUUGCUGACCGCGCCCGAGUGCUGACCUGGAUGGACACUAACCAACCCUCCUGUAUGGACAAGACAAGACAGUUUUUGGACAUAACCGAGGAUGAAGGGGAGAUGGGAAGAACUGAGAAAAGCCCUUCGGAAGAGCAAGAGGACUUACGCCGGAGGUUGGAGGACAUGGAGGCCACUCUGAAAGCCGUCUCGGUACAGCUGAGGUCUAUGGGGGAGAUGAUGGUCCAGCAGAGUAAAGAACUACCGGUUCAAAAGGCCUAGUGCACCGAACAGAUGUGUAUUAUUAGCAAUGACUUCUCAGUAAAACUUUGCAUGUUUGUGUUGGUGUAGAAUAUGUCAAAAUUGAUUGCGAAAAUAGCUUCAUUUCUGUUCACUAUCAUUCCAGAAGAAAAAGAUUCUCCAACCUAGUAGUACAUCUAAAAGAUUUAUGUUUUAGAAUGCUUUAUUUAGUUGCAUUGGAAUGGAAACCUGCUAAGUGUUAGGUGAUGAGGAAAUAAGCAAAAAGGUCUAAGCUGUGUCACAUACUGCAGUUUUGAUAGUGGAGUCUAGGAGGCGCACCUGAACAUGAUUUUGUCAUCGUUGAAGUCAAGGAUGAUUGUUUUAUCUUGGAACGACCUUUCAGAGAUUUUGAGUCAGUUUGUUUGUCUGUUUGUGAGUAGUGGUGUGUGUCCGCAGUUCCGAAAGUCAUAGGUCAAAUGUGUCAAGGAAUUCUUGAACUAGUUGAACUGUAAUUUCCAACACAAAAAUUGGACUCGCCCAAAUUUUCAACUACACAGUAUCAGUCUUUGUCAAGGAAUGAACAAUCCACUGCUGCCGUGACGUCACGUUAUGCAGAUAGAACACGUUACUCAGUGAGCAGUGGAUCAUAGGUGGCAGGAAAUUAUUUUGUCCGAAUUGAUUAAUCAGGCAAGAUGAGGCAAGAAAAUUACCCAAGAGUAACGGGGAUUUGAGGUCUGUGAACUCUUGUAUUAGUGUGACACAUUAACAUUUUACUCAAUUCUAUACUAUAACUACAUAGUACUGCAUACUCAUAACUUGACAUGCGCAGACCUUGCAAAUUGUCAUUUUCUGUUCUAGGUAUUACAUGUAUUCAUGAUAUCGAGGAGGUUUGAUGUAUAUAUCGUCCUUGGUGAUCGUCCUUGGUGAUGCGAAGACACCCACGUGCUCAUAAUUUUCGCCUGAUUUCAGAAAAAAAAUUCUUCUUCAGGGAUGGUCAGAUAUAUGCUGUAACCUAAUAAAUUGUAUGAUUGUAGAAUUGAAGAGAGGUAGUAUUGACUGUUAAUAUGUUGCAGAAGUGAACUUGCUGGAUUAAGUACUAGCUGUAUGAGUGGCACCAAUAUGGAAGCCAUGGGCGUAGUUGCCAACAUGCAUGGUUAGUGAUACCAGUCUACCACGUGCACACUAGUGUCACUUUACUAGUACAAUUCUUAGAUACAUGAAUGAAUGCCUUGUUUGCUGUAAUACCAUAUUUUGUCACUUCAUUUCUUUGUUAGAACGUUCGUUUCUGGUAGCCUGGGCACCACCCUACUUCUACCGGGGCUUCUUACACUCGCUGCCCUAAAAAUAGGUACUAUACUAUUUCUACCGGGGCUCCUUACACCCAUGCUACGUUUAUAUGGUAUAAUCUAUUUUGAAAAAUUGCCAUCUUAUUUCUUACCCUGUUUUUUUACCCAUCUUGGUUUUUUUGCCCAUCUCAUGAUUUUUGCAGUCUGCAGAGGAUGUCAUCCAUAAAAUUUACUUGCUGUGGCCUUGGAAAUGAUCAAUGUGAUAUAUGUGAAUAAAAAAUAAAUAAAAAAAUUAUCAAGGCCAAAGAAUGGACAUCUGUUUCAGUCAACAUUACCUAACCGUAUUGUGAAAUAAUACGAAAUGCGCAGCAAUGUACUUUACUUAGUAGACAUGUAUGCGUAUGUACAAAUAUACCUCAAUCGAACUCUAUAAAAACAAUA